CCGACUGGACAAGAUUUACGUUCAACAUGCGUCUACGGAUUAGUUGUAGGGCUGUCAAAUAUUAGAUAACUGAUCAUUGCGCUAUGUGUAACUUAGUAAACAAGCAGAGCGUCUGUAAAGUUUGUAAAACACUGCAUAUGUAUUUUUGCAUUUUAUUCUGAAAUGGGUUCGACCGCCUCCACCCUAUCAAAAAUUCCAGACGUGGAAACCUUGAUGCAAGAAACAGGCUUCACCCCUGCACACAUGGUUCGACUGUACGACCGUUUCAAAGCCCUGGACAAAGAGAGGAAAGGACAUCUCUGCCCGCAAGAUUUUGGAGCCAUUAAAGAACUGGCUGAAAAUCCCAUUGGGGAUAGGAUUGUUGGGGCUUUCUUUUCUCAAGGACAGGAAACUCUGGAUUUCCACUCCUUUGUGAGGAUCUUGGCCCACUUCCGUCCUGUGGACAAGGAUCGCCCCAGAGAUCCAAACGUGCCUGAACCCAUAAACAGCAGGAGCAACAAACUUAAGUUUGCAUUUCAAUUAUAUGACCAGGACAAGGAUGGCAAGAUAUCCAGAGCUGAACUUUUACAGAUUAUUUGGCAGGUCCUGCGGGCAAUGCUGGAAAUGCAGGUGACGGAGGAGCAGCUGGAGAGCAUUGCAGACCGGACGAUUCAGGAGGCCGACCUGGACCGAGAUGAGGCCAUUUCUUUCGACGAGUUUCGAAAGUCCUUGGAGAAGGUGAACAUUGACCACAAAAUGAGCAUCCGCUUCCUGCGAUGAAAGGUUGAGAGAGAGCCACUGCACAGAAGCACAUAAUAUACACACUCCACAUGUACAGUCUGUGUCUAAUUGUGAAUGACUUUUCCAUCUCUGCUUAUUCAUCUGUGAGAAUGACCUCCCCAGCGCA